AUGAUACCUAGAGGCCAGAUGCUUGAGGCCAAAGAUACAGAGCACCCUUCCAUUUGCAAAGUUGAAAUCAAAUCGGCAACAGGACAUUUCACUGAAAGCUACUCUGCUGUCCCUGAAAAAAUAAAGAUAGCUUUUAAACAAUGUCAUAUUCAAUUGUCUGAGUAUGGAAAAGAGGCACGAGCAUCUCUGAGUCAAUUGCACACUAAUGGUGGUACAAGCUUUGCGAAUACACGUGCUGAUUAUGAAGAUGAACAUGGAGAAGAUAUGAGCCUAAUAGAACUUUGGCUAGCUUGUUAUAAGAAGAAGGAUGGAACCUUUGUCGAUGGCACAUUCACCGAAGACUUUUUGGAUGAUGUUAAGGCAAAGGCUGAAACUUUAAAGCUUCUUUAUCCUCCUGGCUCCAAGUCAAUUAAGGAGAUCGAGAAUGAGGCUUUCGAGGCUACGCUAUAUAAUGGAGAAAUUCCUGAAAAACCACAAGGUUAUGGAUUUGGUGUUCGUAAAGGUGACAUUUAUGGGGUGCGUGGUGCACUCAGAAAAGCAGGGUUUGGUAAAGGAAAAAGGAAGGUAAUAGAAGUGGAUAGCAUCAAUGUCGAGGUAUCAAGCUUGAAGCAAGAGAAUAAGGAACUUCAUAAGAAAAAUGAAGAGAUAAAAGACAAGUGCGAUGAGAAUGCAAAGCUGAUUAGGACAAUGACAUCGUUGUUUUCUCAAGUUUUAGAAUCCAUUCGCAUUGGAGACGCUUCAACACAACUUAUAGACGCUGCACAAACCGCCUUGCGUAUGGCUAACCCUCCGGUCAAGGAUGCAUUUGAAGAUGAUGAUGGUGGAAGAAAAGAAUCUAAGGGAUGAUGCAUAACUCCUUAAACUAUGAAGCUCAUAUGUUGCGUACCCUUUUAUUGCGUUUGUUGUGUUUGGUUGUUAGGGAGUGAUCUGUACUCUUAACAUUUUCUGCUGUUUUGUUGUUUAGAUGCUUUGUUCAAACCUUUUGGUAUUAAAUUUGUGUUUUGGAGAUAUGUAGCUAGCUAAUUUAAUAGUUUGGACAUGUGUAAUUAAACUUAAUUUGAUGAUAUGAUAUGAUUUGGAGCGAGCUAAUACGUAUU